UUUCGAGGUUGGUGGUGUUGUUGGUGAGGUGGAGGUCCGUGCUGCGUGAAUAAGUUAUCGCGAUAUAGGGGCCUUCUGUCGAAUUUUGUGCCCCUUAUUAGACGUGCAAGUGCUGAUUGGUACCAGGAAGCUCAAUUAGCUGCAGUUGCAGUAAUCAAACGUGUUUUGCGAUCAAAAUGAAGGAAAACGAGCCAGUCACUCAUGAUGCCAAGUCGCUUUGCAAAGCUUUUUUGGCUGGAGGUGUGGCAGGAAUGUGCGCCAAGACCACGGUGGCGCCACUGGACAGGAUAAAAAUCCUCCUGCAGGCCCACAACAAGCACUAUAAGCACCAUGGCGUGUUUAGCGGCCUGCUGAACAUUGUCCGUCAGGAGCGGUUCCUGGCGCUCUACAAGGGAAACGGCGCCCAGAUGGUGCGCGUCUUCCCCUACGCCGCCACCCAGUUCGCCGCCUUCGAGAUCUACAAACAGACAUUCCGCAGUCUGCUGGGUCCCAACAGUCACAUAGGCACGUUCGCCAGUGGCUCGCUGGCCGGGGUGACGGCCGUGUUCUUCACGUAUCCGCUGGACACGAUCCGAGCGAGACUGGCCUUCCAGGUCACCGGGGAGCACAAGUACACCGGCAUUCUGCACGUGGCCAGCUCUAUAGUGAAGGAGGAGGGCGGCCCGCGCGCGCUGUACCGCGGGUUCGCCGCCACCAUGUGCGGUAUGGUCCCCUACGCCGGCCUCAGUUUCUACAUCUUCGAGCGGAUGAAGUACCUGUGUAUGCGCUACCUGCCCACGUACACGUGUAACCCGUGUAAGGAGAACACCGGUGGCCUGGUGCUGGCCGUGCCUGCCAAGCUGCUGUGCGGCGGAAUGGCGGGCGCCUGUGCGCAGAGCGUCAGCUACCCGUUUGACGUCACUCGGCGCAGGAUGCAGCUGGCCUACAUGUCGCCAGAGACGAGAAAAUUCGGCAUGGGCAUGGUGCAGACGCUGCGUAUCAUCCACAAAGAGAACGGCGUGGUGCGCGGCCUCUACCGGGGCAUGUCCAUCAACUAUCUACGAGCGAUCCCCAUGGUCGCCGUAUCUUUCAGUACGUACGAACUGAUGAAGCAGACCCUCCACCUCGACACGGGCAUCAAGGUCAAGGUCGGCUAGUGUGACGUCAGUGGCGUCCGGACCAAUGGCGAGGCUCGUUCAAGUGUCGUCAUCGGAGGCAGAGGUCGCGGGGUAGGAGCGACUGUACGAGCUAGAUCAUGGGCCAGUGGAACAACAGGGGUCAAACGGGCUGGGUAAGAGUGAACCGAGGAGAUGGAUCAUUGCACGGACCUCUCGGUUUUCUCGUCAUUGACCUCUUGUCCAGGGGGCGUAGCUGCUAUUCCCUGUCGGUUUACCGAGGUGCUGAACGCCCGGCAGUGUUGGGGUGGGGAGCGGAUCGGUUGUUCGGGACGCUUCCAUUUGCGUGAAUACUCAAAUAUUAUGGAACUGGGGACAGCACUGAGGGCAGGGGAAGAGUUUGAAAUAAUUUCGGGAUAAAUGACGCACCAUUCUUGCAAAAAUCAAAAUGACAAAAAGAAACUAAUCUUAAAAUAAUAAUUUGCCAAUUUCCUUUACUGUGUCACUAUUGAAGGAGGCCGAAAACGUAUACCGGGAAUUUUGAAUGUUUUUUUAAGGUACGUUACUCCAGCACGAGUCGUUAUCGUACAUUUAUCCUUGCACCUUGUGUCCUGGGCAUGAGCUAAGACUGUCCAUCCGCCAGCGGGAGGAUGGCCCUCACCUACCCCGCGUGCCAGUGUUAUUUAUUACCGGGAGCGAGUGGGCGAGACAGAUCAAACGCGCACAGCGGACCUACGCCUGUGUCACUCGCACAUUGUUACACAAUUGCACUACACUGUUGUACUUGUUAUAUGGGUGCUGCGAAUGUUUUUAGUGAGAGAUUGUUGGCUCUUUAUGGUACGCACUGGUGGGAUGUGUCUGUUUUAUUGUUUGACUCGCGUCAGACCAUUUUGU